AUGUCCCUCGAUGAAGCACACGUCUCCCUGGAGGUCAAGGUCAACAACAACGCAUUGAAGCUUCUUACAAGCGGCAUUGAUAUAUCUACACCUGAAGCGCUUGCGAAAAAGGAAGAUUGUCUUCAUGAGUUUCGUCGGUGGAAUUCUAAACUGAAAACAUAUCUUGCCGUUUCACCCCAUGAAAGGGGCACCAUAGCCGCGAACGUUCUCUACCUACGCCGUUCUUACGCCAAAGUGAUGCUGUCAUUAGACCCAACGAAGGGCGAGCUCGCCCACGACGAGUUUAUCGAGGAUUACGCGCAGAUGCUUGAUCUAGCAAGCAGAAUUCUCGAAGGCUUGAACGAUUAUUCGACAGUAAAUUCCGAUUCAGGUUCGAAACCAACAAAACGGCACUUCAGUGUAGAGAGUACAGUGACCGAGACCCUGUUCCUGAUCGGGGUUCAUUGCCGUGAACCGACAAUACGGGAACGGGCGCUGGAACUCAUGAGACUCUACCCACGUCGUGAAGGCAUGUGCGGUACCAUGUUAGCUCUGAGCCUCGGGGAGACGCUUACUGGACUCGAAAGGACAGCAUGUCAGACUUCCCCACCGGGGUCGUGCAGUGAGGGACCAUGGGUGUGUGCUGAUCAUCGGGUGACAAAGAUACAAUGCAAAGAUGUCUCGUAUCAGAAAGUUGCUAUACUUCUGAGAACAGCUGGGGAGCAGAGACGGGGUUCAGAAGGAAAAUGGUUCACGUUCCAUAAGACAUGGUAG